AUGCCAGACGCUCCGCUACCCAACGGCAACAGCGAGGGCAUCAAGAAAUCCAGUAACUCGUUCUCGCAGACGACCGUACUUACGGUUGGCUACGUCGCCGUAUCUGUUGUCUCGGUGGUCAUGAUAGCUCGGAUAGUGCUCCUUGUGCUGCGGCCGAAGAGGUUUGUAGCGGAAGACUACUGCGUCUUUUUAGCAUACGCUUUCUUCGUUUCUCAAUGCGCACUAUACAUUGCGAUUGCGCCAUUGUCAGACCGCGUCGUGGCAGUCCAAGAGGGAAGAGCGCCAUAUUAUCCGGAACUGAUCGAUGAAGGUUUCUUGCUGGGAAGGCUGUACUUCCCCGCUCUUAUCACCUUCUGGAUAAUACUUUGGCUGGUUAAGUUUAGCCUGCUGUUCCUGUAUAGAAAGCUUCUGGUAGGAGUACCAAGUGUCUACAACAAGAUCUGGUGGUUCAUCGUGGUGUUUUGUGCCAUUACUCAAGUAGGGAACUACGUCUGCUAUAUCGAAUCCUGCGAGACUCUAAAAGGGUUCUUCAACGGUGGCUGUCACGACAGGGUGCGUCAGUUCAUGAGUGUCUGGUAUUCUUUCGCUGCUGACACGCUGACCAACAUCAUGAGCAUCAAUGCGCUUUUCGCUAGUGCUGUUCUUUGCAUCAUGAUAUCUACACUCCGAGCCGCCCAAAUUACCGCAAACACGAUCAAUACAGAUGCCGACACAGACGGAACAUGGCUCGCAGUCUGGGGCAUGGCUGAGUGCGCCGUUGCCGUAGUCAUCGGUCUAACCCCAUCAUUUGCUGUCCUGGUUCGCGCAGGCCGAAACGCAAUAAGAAGACCUGAUGCGGAUGAGCAAGAAGUCCAACUCACUACCAUUGGUGGCUCGGGUGGAUCGGGGAACCGCAAGGAGAACCCAUCAGAGACGUGGCUAGCGAUGGAUGAUAGUAGGGAAGAGCUUGCGACAGCACAUGACCCGGCGUCCGUAACCACAAGUGUACACCUUGAAGAAGGUAGCCUUGGCCUCAGACGGUAG